AUGGUGCAGCACAUGUGGGCCGAGUCGGUCGGGCCUACGGGCGGCGCCGAGCCGCUGUUUCCGGGCUCCCGGCGAAGCCGUAGCGUUUGGGACGCCGUGCGCCUGGAGCUGGGCGUCCCCGACAGCUGUCCGGUGGUGCUUCAUAGCUUCACGCAGCUCGACCCGGAUCUGCCGCGCCUGGAGAGCUCCACGCAGGAGAUUGGUGAGGAGCUGGUCAACGGGGUCAUCUAUACCAUCUCCCUACGCAAGGGACCAGUACACCAUGCUGCCAACAAAGGCCAGCGCUGGCUUGGGUAUGAAAAUGAGUCGGCCCUGAACCUGUAUGAGACCUGUAAAGUGCGGGCAGUCAAGGCAGGCACACUGGAGAAGCUGGUGGAGCACCUGGUGCCUGCCUUCCAGGGCAGUGACCUCUCCUAUGUCACCAUCUUCCUGUGCACCUACCGAGCCUUCGCCACCACCCAACAGGUCCUGGACCUGCUGUUCAAAAGAUACGGAUGCAUCCUUCCAUAUUCUGAUGAGGACGGUGGACCUGAGGAUCAGCUUAAAAAUGCCAUCUCCUCCAUCCUGGGCACCUGGCUGGACCAGUAUUCGGAGGAUUUCUGUCAGCCUCCGGAUUUUCCAUGCCUCAAGCAACUGGUGGCCUAUGUGCAGCUCAACAUGCCUGGCUCAGACCUGGAACGCCGUGCUGACCUCCUCCUGGCUCAGCUGGAGCACUCAGAGCCCACUGAAGCUGAGCAAGAGGAUCCAACACAAGCUCUACUGCCAACUCCAGAACUACUGCCAGCUCCAGCUCCAGCUCCAGCUCCAGAAAUAGAGUCAGGUCCAGCUUUAGAGCCAGAGCCAGAGCCAAUUCUAGAGCUAGCGCCAGCUUCUGCUCUCACUCCAGCCUCAGCUUCAGCUUCAGCACCAGAAUCUUCCGGUACCUCCCCUGUGACGACAGAGAAUGGGCUGAGCCAGGAGAAGCCUAAUGUCCUGGCGUUCCCCCCAGAACUGGUGGCAGAGCAGUUUACACUGAUGGAUGCGGAACUGUUCAAGAAGGUGGUGCCCUAUCACUGCCUGGGCUCCAUCUGGUCCCAGAGGGACAAAAAGGGCAAGGAGCACCUGGCACCCACCAUCCGUGCCACCGUCACCCAAUUCAACAGCGUGGCCAACUGCGUCAUCACCACCUGCCUGGGGGACCGGAACAUGAAGGCCCCAGACAGGGCCAGGGUGGUGGAGCACUGGAUUGAGGUGGCCAGGGAGUGUCGGAUCCUCAAGAACUUCUCAUCUCUCCACGCCGUCCUCUCCGCUCUGCAGAGCAAUUCGAUUCACCGUCUGAAGAAGACUUGGGAAGAAGUUUCCAGGGAAAGCGUCCGAAUCUUUCAAAAGCUGUCUGAGAUUUUCUCAGAUGAGAACAACUACUCCCUGAGCCGAGAACUGCUCAUCAAGGAAGGGACCUCUAAGUUCGCCACCUUGGAGAUGAACCCCAGGAGAGCCCAGAAGCGGCAGAGGGAGUUGGGUGUCAUCCAGGGCACUGUUCCCUACCUGGGCACGUUCCUCACUGACCUGGUGAUGCUGGACACAGCCAUGAAGGAUUAUCUGUAUGGGAGAAUGAUCAACUUUGAGAAGAGAAGGAAGGAAUUUGAGGUAAUCGCUCAGAUCAAGCUGCUCCAAUCGGCCUGCAACAAUUACAGCAUCGCCCCUGAAGAGCACUUUGUGGCCUGGUUCCGAGCCAUGGAGCGACUCAGUGAGACUGAGAGCUACAACCUGUCUUGUGAACUGGAAGCCCCCUCUGAGUCCGCCAGCAACACUCUUAAGGCCAAGAAGAGCACAGCCAUCGUCAAGCGCUGGAGCGAUCGCCAGGCCCCCAGCACGGAACUCACUACCAGCGGCAGCUGCCAUUCCAAGUCCUGUGACCAGCUCAAGUGCGGCCCCUACCUCAGCAGUGGGGACACAGCCGACGUGCUCAGUGUGCACUCUGCCGGCUCUUCCAGCUCUGAUGUGGAAGAAAUCAACAUGAGCUUUGUCCCGGAGUCCCCCGACUGCCAGGAAAAGAAGUUCUGGGAGUCAGCCUCCCAGUCGUCCCCGGAGACCUCUGGCAUCAGCUCAGCUUCCAGUAGUACCUCGUCCUCUUCGGCCUCCACCACACCUGUGGCCUCCACACGCACCCACAAGCGCUCUGUCUCAGGGGUCUGCAGCUACAGCUCCUCACUGCCACUCUACAACCAGCAGGUGGGCGACUGCUGUAUCAUCCGUGUCAGCCUAGAUGUCGACAACGGCAACAUGUACAAGAGCAUCCUGGUAACCAGCCAAGACAAGGCGCCUACGGUGAUCCGCAAGGCCAUGGACAAACACAACCUGGAUGAGGACGAGCCAGAUGACUAUGAGCUGGUGCAGAUCAUCUCAGAGGAUCGAAAACUGAAGAUCCCAGACAAUGCCAAUGUUUUCUACGCCAUGAACUCUACCGCCAACUAUGACUUUGUCCUGAAGAAGCGAACUUUCACCAAGGGAACAAAGGUCAAGCACGGGGCUAGCUCGACCCUUCCACGCAUGAAGCAGAAGGGACUCAAGAUCGCUAAGGGCAUCUUCUAA